AGUGGGCGUGGGUGUUGGCGAGCGCAUGGACUCGAGUGUCUGCUGAACUAGCUUGCUUUGAGGGGUAUAUGUUUGUCUGUAAGGAGUUGGUGGCCCAAAUGUGAUAUUUGAGUAAUACUUUCUGAUCCGCCUCUCUCGGGAAGGUGAUCCAGCUGCUUUCGCCCCACCCACACACGACCCAACACUAUACACCUCAAGCGCACCCACAACACCGCGUUUCAUUUUUUUGGUUUAGCAAAAAGCUCCCAAUCUUUGCUGUCUUGGGGAUAUUCUGAAAUGCUAGUUUUGGGGAUUUUGUUGAGGCAUAAUUGGGCUGUAUAUUAUGAAGACAGUGAUUUCUGAGGGCAAUAACAAUCCAGUGGGACUACAUGCACUGAAGUUCUCACGAGAAUUAGGAAUCGUUGUAAGCUUUUAGUGUCCAUUACUGAGUUGCAAAAUGGGUGUGAUGACCUUUCAUACCCUUUCUGCAACUUGUCCUACAGGGAGAUCACAGUUCAGCCAAAAGAGAUAAAGAGACCUCAAAGUGGUUAAAGAUAUGGCAUCACUUCGAUCAACUGACUAUGUAGACCCCGGAUGGGAGCAUGGUGUUGCUCAGGAUGAGAGGAAAAAGAAGGUUCGAUGUAAUUACUGUGAGAAAGUUGUAAGUGGUGGGAUAUACAGAUUGAAACAACAUUUAGCGCGAGUCUCUGGCGAGGUAACCUAUUGUGACAAGGCUCCAGAGGAUGUAUGCCUGAAAAUGAGAGAAAAUCUAGAAGGCUGUCGAUUUAGUAAGAAGCCAAGGCAUGUUGAAUAUGAUGAACAAGCAUAUUUUAAUUUUCAUGCCAGUGAUGAUGCCGAGGAGGAAGAUCAGAUAGGGUAUAGAAGUAAAGGGAAGCAGUUGAUGAGUGACAAGGGAUUGGUUAUAAAUAUGGCUCCUCUUCGAUCACUUGGGUAUGUUGAUCCUGGUUGGGAACAUGGUGUCCCUCAGGACGAGAGGAAGAAAAAGGUAAAAUGCAACUAUUGUGAGAAGAUAGUCAGUGGGGGUAUCAAUCGGUUUAAGCAACAUCUAGCGAGAAUACCAGGGGAAGUUGCACCCUGUAAGAAUGCUCCUGAGGAAGUAUAUCUUAGAAUAAAAGAGAACAUGAAGUGGCAUCGCACAGGAAGGAGGCACAGACGGCCUCAUACUAAAGAGUUAUCAUCCUUUUAUAUGAACUCAGAUAAUGAAGAGGAAGACGAAGACCAAGAAAAGGCACUACACCACCAUAUGAGUAAUGAAAAGCUUUUGAUUGGAGAUAAACGACUGGUUAGAGACUCUAGGAGAGGUUUGAAAGGAAUGUCUUCUGGUAUUGGGUCUGAAUCUUUCUUAAAAAGGCCAAAGUAUGACAUAUUGGGUACAAGAACCCCAAGGUCUCUAUUUCAAGCUUCUGGGAAACAAGUGAAAGUAUGCUCUAAUAAAAAAUCCCGCAAGGAAGUCAUAUCUUCAAUUUGCAAGUUCUUCUAUCAUGCAGGAGUUCCUCCACAUGCAGCAAGCUCUCCCUAUUUUCAGAAAAUGCUGGAAUUGGUAGGUCAAUAUGGAGAAGGUCUAGUAGGACCCUCUAGCCGAGUAUCAUCUGAACGGUUUCUACAAGAUGAAAUUGUAUCCAUUAGAAAUCAUCUAUCUGAGUACAAAGCUUCCUGGGCUGUGACAGGUUGUUCUAUUUUGGCUGAAAGUUGGCAAGAUACACAGAGCAGGAGUUUAAUCAAUGUUUUGGUUUCUUGUCCCCGUGGUAUGUAUUUUGUUUGCUCAAUUGAUGCCACUGAUGUAGUUGAAGACGCGACAUAUAUUUUUAAGCUGCUAGACAGAGUGGUGGAAGACAUGGGCGAGGAAAAUGUCGUGCAGGUGAUCACUCAGAACACGCCGAAUUUUCAAGCUGCUGGAAAGAUGCUUGAAGAGAAAAGAAAGAAUUUAUUUUGGACUCCUUGUGCUGCAUAUUGUAUUGAUCGCAUCCUUGAGGACUUUGUGAAAAUAAAAUGGGUCAGAGAAUGCAUGGAAAAAGGCCAAAAGAUCUCAAAAUUCAUUUACAAUCGAUUCUGGUUGUUAAGUCUCAUGAAAAAAGAAUUUACAGCUGGACAGGAACUCUUGAAACCCUCUUUUACUGUAUUUUCAUCAACCUUCGCUACUGUUCAGAGCUUGUUGGACCACAAAAAUGGUCUUAAGAGGAUGUUCCAGUCAAAUAAAUGGCUUUCAUCACAGUAUUCAAAGCUGGAAGACGGUAAAGAGGUGGAGAAAAUUGUACUGAAUGCCACAUUCUGGAGGAAGAUGCAAUAUGUUAGGAAAUCAGUGGACCCCAUUUUAGAAGUGCUUCAAAAAAUCAAUAGCAACGAAAGCCAUUCAAUACCCUUCAUUUACAACAAUGUAUACCAGGCAAAACUUGCUAUAAGAACCAAUCAUAAUGACGACGAGCGCAAAUAUCAGAGCUUUUUGGAUAUCGUAGACAGCAGCUGGAGUUCAGUAUCUCAUCAUCCUCUCUAUCUAGCAGCACACUUUUUGAAUCCAUCAUACCGGUAUCGUCCUGAUUUUGUUCCGCAUCCAGAGGUUGUACGUGGAUUGAAUGCAUGCAUUGUACGAUUGGAGCCAGACAAUGCAAGAAGAAUCUCUGCAUCCAUGCAAAUAUCAGACUUCAACUCUGCUAAAGCUGAUUUUGGAACAGACUUGGCAAUUAGCACCAGAAUGGAGCUUAAUCCUGCUGCUUGGUGGCAACAACAUGGGAUAAAUUGCUUAGAGCUGCAACGUAUAGCUGUACGAAUACUUAGUCAGACUUGCUCAUCUUUUGGGUGUGAGCAUAAUUGGAGUGUAUACGAUCAGAUCCACAAUCAGAGGCACAACCGUGUAGCACAGAAAAGGUUAAACGAUGUCACAUACGUCCACUAUAACCUAAGACUAAGAGAUCGUCAGAUAAGGAAGAUGUUCAGUGAUCCAAUUUUCCUCGAUAAUGUUCUGCAAGAAAGUUUGCUGUAUGACUGGAUUGUUGAGUCAGAGAAACCAGCCUUGCAGGAAGAUGAGGAAAUCCUUUAUAGUGAAAUGGAACUGGGUGAGUAUGAAAAUGAUUUCACAAAGCAUGAUGGUGGAAAUGCGGAUUCUAGGAAGGGAUCAUUGGAGAUGGUAACUUUAGCUGGUGAAGCAGAACCUCUGGAAGUUGAUCCUGACAAUACUGCUACAGCUACAGAUAAUGAUUCUGAUCUCAAUUUUCUUGAUAAUGAGUUGAGCGAUUAGUAUCUUAAACCAGAUUCCAAAUGCAGCAAUUAAGAUGCUUGGUAACCCCUCAAGUCCUGGCAGUGUAUUCCAUCUCUCCCAGUUCUUUCAGGGCAAAAAGCAGCGAGUUGGGAUUGGGGAAAAGGGAAAAGGUCAGAAAGUGCCUGUGUAAAAGUUAGAAAUCAGCACUGCAUGAGGGGACUGGAGUGUACAUGUCAAAGUUCUUAGAUUUCUUGAGUUCUUAGCUUUCUUGAACUCUUAUUAUUCAUGUUAAGUCAUUGUUUGCCCCUAUUCACUUUUGGGAAAAUUAAGGCUCAUAUCCAUUCGGCCAUCUAGUUUGCCAAUCUUGGCCCAAUUAUUACUUUAACCCUAGUCCUCACUUCUCCCACUUGUUCCUGUUCUCUCCCCUUUUGUGGCAACCGGAAAUUAUCGUAACCGCCGCAGACCACCACGUAACAUCUGCCUGUCGCCCUCUCUCCGUCGGCCGAAAAUCGCUGCCACUGGCUAACAAUUUCUUCACCUCCAAAUUACAUGAAUCGAAUCUGUCUUAUUCUCCUCUACCAAGAUUCAUAACCCUAAACCUUUAAAACUCACUCUAAUAUCUGAAUUUCUUGGACCAUAUCAUGCAUUUUCUUUCGAUUCUCCUCUAUUGCUGCAGAUUGUUUCUCAGCUUCUUCGAGCUUCAAUUGCUCCGAAUUCUUUAAUGGUCUCUAUUUGAGCCAACUCAACUCGCACAAGCUCUUCAUUAUGUUCCUCCUCCUAAUGCUUUUAUUUUGCUUGGAAAAGAUUUCUUUUUUACAAACUAGAGGUUGUUAUUUCUUGUUCUGCUCUUCGUUUUUCUUUUAUGCUAGAAGCUGUAUCUUGUUUAAGCUUAAUCAGCUCCUCUUUGUAUCCUAACUCUGUUAAUCAAUCUUCAACUUCACUUAUUGCCA